ACAAUAAUACAAUAACUUAUUAUAAUAAUUGGUAUACACAAAAUAUAUUUUUUUGCAAAAACAUACAGCAAACCAUUAACUAAUCAGAUAUUUUCCCAAAUUCAAAAUAGAAAAGAAAAAGCAGCAUCUCUUACUGCGGUUACUGAUUAGUUUGUUUAUUUCUAUCUAGAAUAUGUCAAUCAUUUUAAUAUCACCUAGUAUAGUCAAACAUUCAAUGUUUCCUAGCAAAAAUAGCAGAGGGUUGUUACAGUUAUACGUUUUAUUGUUAUUAAUUGUGUAGACUUGCUCAACAUAGAGUACACCUUGACGAAUAAUGGCAAAGGAAAUGAUGAUUGUUUUUGUUUAUGACACAGUUAAAAAUGAUGAAUUUGAAGACCCUGUAAAGUCUGUUAUUUACUUCCAUCCUCCAUGGGUAUCGGAGACUCAAAAACUACUUUUAUGUGGUCAAUUAAUGGGCACAGCUUAUUUUUUGAAAGAGACGUUUUCAAGGCCAAGAAUAAUUUCUCUGCAAAGCGGAAAGUUUGCUAUUAAAUCUUUUGGCAGGUUUAUUCUGGCAGUUGGAUCAGAUCGAAAUAUUUCUAAGGUCGUUUUGGAGCAUCGUGCCAACUUUCUCUAUGCAUUGGUGAAAAUGUAUCAUGGGGACUUUGACGUACUUUACAGGGAUAUAGACACUGAUUAUCAACAAGCUAAAUUUUCAGAUAAAGUUUACAACAUAUUAGAAAGCUAUUUGCCAUUGAUGCAAUGUAACGGCAACAUUUUCCAAAACGUUUCUAGUUUGAAAAUACCAAAGAGCGCCAGCACUCUCUAUUUAGAGACAACACAAAUUUUACAGAGUUUUCAACAAACCGUAGGAGUAUUGGGUGGAACCAUUCUAUACCACAACAAAGUUGUUGCUAGUCAACUAUCGGAUAACUUAACGAAAAUUAUCACAGUAUCUGAUUUGUACCGUCCAAAAUGUUCUGAACAUAUUUCGGCGAAUUAUCAUAUACCGAUUGGAGUUUCUCUAAUCAAUGCUUACAUCCCAGCAAGUGAAUACGCAGACCUAGUACGCGUGUCAAAUCAAUCGUUCAAUUUAUUUUCAAGUUCCACUACUAAAGAUGCAGUUCCAUUUCCGAUGCGAAAAAAAUCCUUUUCAAGAGAUUCGCAUUCAGUGAUGAAACGAGUAAAAUCAUUGAUAUUUACUAAUAUUCCUGAGGAGGAUAUUGACGACGGAGUAACGAAGCAAACAAAAAAGAACACCAUAAGUAGACCUACUCAUCUACCCUUAAUUUUUAAAAAUUCACAAUUGAAAGAAACAAUGGAAUCAGGAUUUAAUUCCAUUAACUUCGAUGAAUCAGAUAGCUUUCCUAGUUUCAUAGGUAAGACAAGUGUAUGUUCUACUCCUAUGACAGAAAACAAACUUUUGCCGAAUGGAAACCUGCUAUCAAUCUGCGCAGUCAAUGAAGAUGAUACUCAAGCAGAUUUAUCGAAAUACUCCGAAUACGUUCAAACAAGCGAAAAUCUUGAUUUGAAUGAGAAUCGUCAUAAAGACCCAAUAAAAAUAAAAGCUUCCAAUAUUCACUGCAAUUCAAUUAUUAACAAUCGAUUGAGAGCAUCAUACUCUAACAUAAGAGAAUUUAUAUCAUUGGAUGAUGCAAUAGGCGAUCCAAUUACAGAUUCAAGAAAUACCAAAUCUAUGCAUAGGCAUAAACGAGGCGAAUGCUACUCUAAAACUGUUACUGAUCCCAUGUAUCCUAUCUAUAAUUCCAAAGGAAAUUUGAUCUCCUAUAGUCUUUUUAAGGAACUUCUAGAAUUAAAUUAUAACGAGUUAAAAGCGUAUACCAGCUCUGGUGCUAUUCCUGAUAGAUUGUGCUACAAUCCUGAUGUAGAAACUGAAUGUGCAAAUUCAGUUAACAAAAAUGAAAGAUGUAAUGAAACAUGUGUAGUUCCUGAAGAUAUUCUCCAAAGAAGCAGUAAACACAAGAGAAAAGGAUUAACUCUGCCCCUCAAAUCAUUGAGUACUGAUAAGAAAAAUAUCGAAAUGUUUGAACACGGUGUGAAUCGCAAUGUUUUCAACUCUCCAAUUCGUCGAAGGAACGUUUCAGGUUUACAGUUGACUCCUUUAAUGUCCAAACUUACAGUACUGGCUAUGAAUGAUUCACAUUCUAGUGGGUUCUCUAGCUGGGACACCACACCUGGAUACAAUUUAAAUAAUCCUUUGACGCCACUUGAGGCUAAUCUUAAACGAAAAAAGAACAUAUGUCCAACACAGUCAAAUUGUGAUUGCGAAGAUCCGGAUGAUAACGAACUUAGCCAGCUAGUAAAAGUUGAACUUUUUAUCUGUGUACAGCAAAACAUGACUCUCGUACUAAUGCUUCAAGAGAAAAGCUGUGAACAGGAGGAUAUGAUACAUUCCUUGUUUGAAACCUGCGUAUCGAAGUUAUGUCGCAUCGAAAAUAGCUUGAAUCAAGCUAUGAGCAUUGAUGUAGAAGGCUGCAACAAAGGCGAUGGAAGCUACAGCUUCAUAUGUCUUGAUUCUAAAUGGGAUGUUAACAACAGAUACGGGCCGUGGAGUCCCAAUGAUCUUUUAAUAUUAAACUCCUUGCAUAACGAUUUUUAUUAUAACCGUAAGCUCAUAGAAAUGAUUUUAAGGACCCAGGAUGCUGUAAUUUAUGCGUAUCGUUGCGGAAGAUCAGAAAUAUACUAUCAACAGUCGUCAUUAGUUAUUCCUGGGUUACCACCGCCUCAAGAUACGAUGGGAACUAUUGCACUUUGUGCCAAACGCAGACUUGAGCGUGAUCAUAAGAUUUUAUUGCUAUAAAUAUACUUAUUCAUACAUCAGCGCCAAUGAAUAUAAACUGAACACUGAAUAAUAAUAAAAAUCGUCAAAAUCGUUAAAAAUA